AUGAAAGUCGCUAUUAGUACACCAAGUGAGGCUACUGUCACUUUACUUGACGUAGCUGUGCUUACACGGCUUCCCAUCGAGGGACAUGCCGUCUGCACCGUUGGACGCCAAAUCGAAAGUUGGCAAGAUAAAGUCCAUAGAUUAUUUGGAGUCCGACCUUUCGCAGAGGUAGCCAAAGGGAGUGCGUUGCGCGUAACAUGGCUUGCACAAAACUUCUCGCACCUCCCUGAAGGUGCGGAUAAGGCUACCGUUGAGGCAUAUCUCUCAUCUCUGAUUGGUACUGUCUUGUUCUCCGACAAGACUGGCAACAGGGUACUGCUUUUGUACUUGACGUUGCUUGAUGCGCCAUGGGAGGUCAUCUCCGGUUAUAGUUGGGGCUCCGCAGCCCUAGCUUAUCUGUACAGAAGACUAUGUAAAGCUUCACGGAAGAAUGUGAAGGAGAUCGCUGGGCCCCUGAUUAUUCUUCAGUUUUGGGCGUGA